CUGCCUCGCUUUACGGCCAUGCGUCGGCUUCCUCUUUUUCACGUCCUUCAGAACCAGAACCAGUGAACCAACUAGCUACCAUGGCGAAGCUCAGCAAAGAGACCAAGCAGCGGCUACAGACGGUGUUUCAGGCCGGACAGUUCGUCAUCCGCUGGGGUUUCAUCCCCACGGUGCUCUACCUUGGUUUCGCACGAGGGGGGGAUCCUGGUAUGCCGGAGCCCAACAUCCUGAGUCUGCUGUGGGGCUGAGGACAACCCUGACCCACCCAAUCACCUCCUCCCACAAUGGUCAUGUGACUCCCAGCUGUCACCACGGAAGUGGAUGCCAUCUUUCCCUCACCAAUUUCUAUAUGGCUCAUAUAUUUUAGGCUGGUUGGAACUUUCUUUGUCACUUCAUGUUUGGGUCGGAGACCUGAAGCGCUGAAUUCCCUCUCACUCUGAAACACCAAAUGGUGUGAUGGACAUCUUAUUCUGAAACUGCACCUUACUGCUUGGUGAUGGACUGUUUUUCUCUCAUUUUGUUUCCUGACAGUUUGGAAACAUGUAAAACCUAGUCUUUUCAUUUGGUCAUGGAUCUGUGUUUGUCUGUGUACCUUAAAUCAUCCUGUAUAAAAUGUCUGCCUGUUGGUUGAAAAUGGACCUGAGUUUGUCUAUAAAUCACCUUUUGAGAGAAGA